AUGGGCCCAACCCCAGUUCAGUCUGUUGCUAUUAUCGGCGCUGGUGCAUCAGGAGCCGCGGCCGCUGCAGCCUUUGCUGCAGAAAAGUGCUUCAGCCGCAUCCGAGUAUUUGAACGGCGAGAAGCGCCUGGGGGAACGUGGAUAUACGAUCCUGACCCGGGGCCUCGCCUCAAGCUUUUGCCCGGUGGCAACCCUCCGCAGACAGACCCUCCAUUGGAAAUCCCCGAAGCACUUCCAAAAGUGACCUCUCCUAGUUUACAAGAACGAUAUGACAGAACACCGAUCUACGACAGCCUGACGACCAAUGUUCCCGAUAUUGCAAUGUGUUUCUCCGACUGCAGGUUCCCGUACGGCCCCUUCCCACCGCACUGGGUACCACGGCAAUACAUAGCAAAUUAUUUCGCCCUGAACCGAACGGACACAUUUCUUGUUCUGAACACCACAGUGGAAGAUCUGUCCAGAUUACCGGCCAAGGACGGGUGGAAGCUCACACUUCGACGAAGAGAUUCUGUGCGGCACGUGGAUGUCUGGUGGGAAGAAGAAUUCGACGCUGUCAUCCUGGCAAACGGUCACUAUUCGGUACCAUUUAUCCCCGAAGUCGAAGGUCUCGACAAAUAUUUCCGUUUAUUUCCAGAACGGGUAAUGCACUCCAAAUCCUACCGCAAUCCACAGGCACAUCACGGCAAGAGAGUCCUAGUCAUCGGAAACUCUGCCUCCGGGCACGACGUCACGACUGCGUUGGUCCAAACCGCUCGUCUUCCCGUCUAUCAGUCUCGGAGAUCGCGUUCUCGCUGGGACGGCGACAAACCACCCUCAGGGAUUGAAUGGAAACCGAUUGUGAAAGCAUACAUGCCAACGGGAGACAUUGUGUUCGAGGAUGGUACAGUUCUUUCCGACAUUGACGUCGUCAUUUAUUGUACAGGAUACAAGGCCUCGUUUCCCUUCUGGAAUGCCCGCGCCAAUGGUGGGCCACUCUGGGACUAUACCGAGAACCGUCUCAUCGGCAGCUACUGGCACACAUUCCAUCGAGACUUCCCAACCUUGGGCAUUGUCGGAGUUCCUCGUGUCCUCACGUUCCGCUCCUUCGAGUACCAAGCCAUCGCACUGGCGCGGCUAUUUGCAGGCAGAAACGCACUCCCACUCCCGGCCCGGGAGGCACAGGAGCAAUGGGAGCGGGACAGGUGGCGACUCGUAAGCAGGGAGGGAAGGAAGUUUCACGACAUUCCCUGGGACAAUGGAGAGACGAUGGAGUGGCUUCGAGGCCUAUUCGAUCUGGCCGGUCUGCCCUUGCUCGAGGACCGUGGGAGAUACCCGCCUGUGCUGGGGGACGAGACGAGAUGGGCGAUCGAAAAUGUGAAGAAGUAUCCCGAGCCUGGCAAUGAGAGUCAAGCUGAGGAGGAAGGUUGGACAGUUCUUGGUGGCGGAGCGGGCCGUGACAGUCUGCACUUCAUAUGA